AUGCGUGUCGUGGCCACCGUGUUCAUCGCCGCCGCGCUCGUCGCGGGCCGCGCGGAAGCGUCGCGCGGCCUGAGCGAGAGCAUGAAGCCCAAGCCCAAGCCCGAGCCGAGCCCGAUGUGCGAAACCUGCGAGGAGUUCGUCACCAUGGGCGAGGCGUACCUGAACGAUCCGGCGACCCUGAACGCCAUCACGGACAAGGUGAACGAGGUCUGCGAGACUUACGCGGGCACGAAGCAUGAGGCCAUGUGCGAGAGCCUUCUCGAGAUGUACGUCCAGAAGGCCAUCGACGUCAUCAACACCGACUUCACCCCCGACGUGCUCUGCGCCGACGCGAAGCUGUGCCCCGAAGAAGAGGCGCCCAAAGAGGAAGAGGCGCCAAACGACGGCGAGACCCGGGCCGCGACCGAGCCGCUCGAGGUUCCCGCGUCGCUCCGUGAGGUCAUCGAGCGCGGAUCCGCGGUGGAUGCACCCGCGCCGCCGCCCUCGACGGACUGUCUCAAGUGCGAGUUCGGCGUCGAGUCCCUCCACGCCGCCAUCACCAGUAACGCCACGGUGCAGAGCCUCCUGAACGAAGCCGAGAAGGCGUGCGAGAAGUACGCCGCCGCCUUCGACAUGUCCGCCACGUGCGAGGCCGCCAUCGAAACGUACGGCCCCGAGCUGGUGAAUGCCGCGGGCAAGUACAUCGAGGAUGCCCACAAGGUCUGCUCCGAGCUCGGCAUGUGCACGCCACCCUCGGAGACGGUGACGGAGGCAGACUCGAAGAAAACGAGGCGACGCGAGAGGAUGAAGAAGCUCAAAGCCCGCGCGAUGGCCGUCGCCGGCCUCAAGCUGAAGAACAUCGCGUUGAUUUGAGUGUUUCGACGAGAGUGUGCCGUGUAACCUAAACUACGAUUGUAAAACCGACGAUGUUGCGCAA